AUGUACGGGAUUGGCGGAUAUGCAACAUCAGGAAAGCAUGUGCAGCUUGUGCCAGAGCUAAUAUGGGACCUCUGUUCCGGACCCCUCUCCCCAGAAGAACAGCUUGAUCGAAAACAGUCACUUGCACGACAAGCGCGGCUCGUCGACUUUGUAUUGGAUUUCGACGCUGCCAAGAUGUGCACACCUGCCCUGCAGAAUGAUUUUAGUCGUUAUCGACGAGCGAUCGGUCUAGACAGAUGCUCUGUUGAAUGCUAUCCGAUACACCUCGAAACACUUUACCCAGGUUUCAACACCAAAAUCGCCCAUGCUAAUCAGUAUACAUCGCCCAUUCCACGAAUUUUCCUACGAAAUCGGUGCCAAGUAUUCCAUGCUCAUUGUAAUCUGAUAGCCUGUUAG